AUGACCCGUAAUGAUUCAUCAUCCAGUUUGAACAAUUCGUCGGUUCAUCUGCCUCCUUCGGCCAGCACGGGAGCCAGUGCCAAUAACAGUCCUACACAACUUCCUCAGCCUCCUACGGCAACCAGAAGAUCGUCGUUCGGACUUAACUUCCUCAGUUCGUUCACCAACUCCAUCCGAACAUCACACCAACCUCCCUCCCCCACAGAAAAUCCCCAUGGUUUCAUGUCAAAUAGUCCUACUAUAGCAAACUUGAGCUCGUAUGCCGCCGAAGACGAAGUUGCUCACAACAUCCACAGGGAAGAAGACGUUGAACAAGCAAAUGGAGAAGCAUCUAUCCCAGCAAACUCUAGCGCUAGGGAACAAACAUCCGCUAAUGAAACUGACGAAGUCAUUGAAGAUAAGAACGGCAUUGAUAAGGAUGGCUUCUACUCAGUUAGAUUGACUCCAUUAAUAGACCACUCGUCCUCUGCAUCUGGUUUGUAUUUCUCACCUGUCAUUAGAAAAAUCAAGCCCAAUACGAGUAUCUCUAUUGGCCGUUAUACGGAGAAAAACAAGGCGGCAGCUCAUGCUCCUCAGGGUUCGUCGGCACCAAUAGUAUUCAAAAGUAAAGUGGUUUCAAGGACCCACGCUUUAUUCCAAUGUAAUGAGGAUGGACAAUGGUUCUUGAAGGAUUGCAAGUCCUCUUCUGGAACUUUUUUAAAUCACAUCAGGUUGUCGCCUGCAUCCCAAGAAUCUACCUUGAUGCCAUUAAUAGAUGGAGACAUUAUCCAGCUCGGUAUGGACUACCGUGGUGGAACUGAGGAAGUCUACCGAUGUGUUAAGAUGAGAUGUGAAUUUAACAAGAGCUGGCAAAGAAAAGUGAAUCAAUUUAAUUUGGAGAUCCACAAGAAAUUAAAGAACUUGCAACUUAAUAAUACAGACGACAAGUGCGCAAUUUGUUUGAUGAAGAUAGAACCUUGUCAAGCAUUAUUCAUAAGUCCAUGCUCACAUGCAUGGCACUACAAAUGCAUUCGUCCGAUUAUAAUCAAGAGUUAUCCACAAUUUUAUUGUCCUAACUGUAGGACCAUGUGUGAUUUGGAAACUGACCUUGAUGAAGACGACUAA